GACACGAAGGGCAGGCAAGUUCCGCGGCGGAGUUCCGGUAGUGGCCCUGGGGUGCCGGACGAGAGCGGGCGGAGCGGGAGACGGGAAGACCGCGGGCCGUGGAGCGGGCGGUCGGGCCGGCCUAGGGGCGGCGAGCCGUGGGUGGUGGGCGCGCGGGGGACCGAGUCGGAGCCCGCCCGUCCGCAGGCCGCCCUUCCCGCCAUGGACCCCUUCCUGGUGCUGCUGCACUCGGUGUCGGCCAGCCUGUCGAGCAGCGAGCUGACCGACCUCAAGUUCCUGUGCCACCGGCGGGUGGGCAAGAGAAAGCUGGAGCGCGUGCAGAGCGGCCUCGACCUCUUCUCCGUGCUGCUGGAGCAGAACGACCUGGAACCUGGGCGCACCGAGCUCCUGCGCGAGCUGCUCACCUCCCUGCGGCGCCACGACCUGCUGCGGCGCCUGGACGACUUCGAGGCGGGGGCCGCGGGCGGGGCCGCGCCCGGGGAGGAAGACCUGAAUGCAGUGUUUGACAUCAUAUGUGACAAUGUGGGGAAGGACUGGAAAAGGCUGGCUCGUCAGCUUAAAAUCUCUGACACCAAGAUGGAUGGCAUCGAGGAGAGAUAUCCCCGUAACCUGAGAGAACGGGUGAGGGAGUCCCUGAGAAUCUGGAAGAAUGUGGAGAAGGAGGAUGCCACAGUGGCCCGUCUGGUGGGGGCGCUCAGGGCCUGCCGGAUGAACCUGGUGGCCGACCUCGUAGAGGAGACCCAGCAGGCCCGGGGCCUCCAGAACCAGAGUGGGGCAAUGUCCCCAAUGUCAUGGGACUCAGACACGUCUGCCCUGGAAGUACCCUGAGGGUCUGCUGCUCUGCCGCAGUGGACCCUGGGCAUCUGCACAGGCUGGACUUCAGUUCUUUCCACGAGGGAAGCCAGGUGCCUUCUGUGCCCAGCCCCGUGAAGACACAGCGGAGCCAGGCUGAGUGAGCCCCACUCUCACAGCCACAGACUGACUGCUUCUGAACUCAGGCUGUAUCGGUGCUUCCUCCGUGUGAGGCAGGGCCGGGACACUGCACAGAUAUUUCUAUUCCUCACCGUUGCUCUGAGAGUGAGAUCCUGUUGUCCCCACUAAACACCCUCCUGCAGGAGAAAGUUAGAACUGUCCGGCACGUAGAAGGAAUCUAUACAAAUUAGCAGUUAUCCCUGUUAUUCUACGGCUGAGGAACUGGAGCAAAGCCUGCGAGUAGUAGCAGGAAAGCUGGGGUCUGAGCCCACACCUUCUGGCCCAGAUGCCACGCCUUUAGCCACCAUGUCUUUCUUCUGCCCCCAUGGUUGGCAAAAAGCAUGUUAUAUCCCAUUUCCUCAGGGGCCAUCAGGGUAGACCUGGACACGAGGACCAGGUGGCAUGAAGGGUGAGACACGUCCGGGAGUCUGGAGACCUGAUUUGGCCAGUGCUCAGCCCCUGAAGGAGCCAAGUCGCCCGAGGAUGAGCUGAGAUGUCUGCUGAGCGCUCACAGUCCACUCUGUAAAUAUUCUUAUGAGUAUUAUGAUUCCUGCAGUUGUAUAGUUUGCUACCAUUUUGUAUCAAAAUCAGUAUCUUUCUGAUAACAAAAUUGGCAAGGAGGUGGGAUCCUCAAAUCCUCUUGCUUCUAAGGUAAUCCUAUUAAAGAAAAUGCCUUUAUGAUGGAAACUUACAAAAAAUUAGAAAGAAUUUUCCCUGCCUAUUAAUACACCCUGAAGCCUCAACGUUCGAUUUCAGUGUUGCUUGCAGCUUGUCGUGGCCUCCAGCCUGUGAAUGUGGCAGCUGGAUUGCCUGACAGCUCACUGGCCACGCGUGGACAAAUGGUGGUCUAAUGCCCAUGGCUUUUGCCACUGUUGGGAUCUGAUUGCCCCUGAGAGGCCUCAAAAUCAGAGCCAAGUGGCCAUGCUUUGUUCCAACUCUGCGGCUAUGACCUUGGGAAAGUCUCAUGCCAUGCUGAACCAUCUUGACCUUGGUUGCUGAAAUCGUAGCCAAGAUUGUGGGAGCACUGUCUCCACUAAGCUACGGACCUUGGCCUUGGAGCUGCUCCACACCUUCACCAGAUAAUUCUGGAUACCAGGCACUGUGCUGGGAGCCAGGGCCAUGGCAGUGAAUGAGACAGAAGUGGCCCUGCCCUGUUGGCCCUGAAAGCCUGGCCAGGAGCACAGGUCAUCACCAGCUUGGGGUGCUGCCCAGGAGCUGAGCCCGACCCUCUGCUACUCACUGUACAGCCCCAGCCCCGGCAGCACCUGCCUCUUCAAGCUUCAGCUCAGGGCUAGUUCUGUAAAGAAAAACAUCAUCCCUCACGGACUGAAGUGUGAGCAGCUUGGCUUUGGGGAGUAAGUUUUCUGGGAGAGAAAAAGAAUCCAUAUCUCUUGAGCAGAGGCAGAUGUCAGAGGUUCUACAUUCCCAUAAAAGUUUAUGGUAUAAGCUGCUGUAGUGUGCAAAUGUCCCACGUCUCCCUGCAAGCUUAUCACACCUGGCAGGAGUCCUGCCCUCCCUCACACCAGGUGUUCUGAAAGGGGUUUGGGGAAUGUGACAUUAGUGCACCUAAAAUUUUCCAUUGCCUGGAGCAAAGGCUGGGCCAGGCUCUGUCCCCAGUCUGCCACUGGCUUAAGUCCUGGCCUGUCCCGCAGUCCUCCUCUGUGGGGCAAGGACAUGGGUCUCCUGCCCUUGGCACUGACGUUCCAGGAUCUCCCCACACUGAGGGAGGAGCUCCGCCUUCACAGCAGACCUGGGCCCUGCUCCCAGCCCCAUCAAGCCCCACUCAGGAUGCGGCAUGGGGCGGGAUUCCCAGCCUCAGUCUUCUCUGUCCUCGCUGCCGGGCCACACAUGGUGUCCACCUCCAGGACUGGAGAGGCCUGGCCCAGCACCAAAGCCAUAGCGCAUGGCGACAUGUGGCAAACUUGCUCCACAAGGUGAAUGUUGUGCACAAGAGACUGCCCCAGGAAGAUGGGACUCCUCGGCCAAGCAGAGACAUCCCUUUGCUCAGCCAAUGCCGUGAAGCAGCCAGCAUAGCUGGGCACUGUGCCAGACGCUGGGGCUGCAACAGAACGAGAUGGGACAACUGUCCUCAGGAAGCACUGGAUUUUCCCAACUUCGUAAAACGGGAAAAGUGAAGAACAUAAGCACCAGUGUCUGCAAAAGCAUGAAUGCUCAUAUAAUCUCUGAAAAUGGAGAGAUAAUGAUAAGUAUUUUAUGAUGGUGAUGAUUUUCUAGAUGAUAACCAUUCUGAGUCAUCUUGCUGACCACUUUCUAACCACAUAAUUCCUGAGUAAAUUGUGUCUGGAACCAGACCAUGACGAGGACAGCAUGUGCUCGUGCCAGGAUGACCAGUCACCCCUACAUCUGCUGAUCCGAAGGCAAGGCUUCUGUUACAGGGAAAAUUUGCAAUUGAAAGCCAUUUUCCUCAAAGAAGCCCUUAGUUUCUUUCUUAAUUUUUUUUUCCUUAGUUUGUUGAGUCAUUUACUAAGUUGAGACCCUGUGGCAAGAAUGAUGUAUACCAACCAUAUCCAUUGUCGCCAAAGAACAGAGGCCAAUUCAACCCAUUAAUGGGGUCCUCAUGGAGGGAAAGCCAAGUGACAUGUGAGCCAAGUUUUCAUGGUGUAGCUUGCAUAGAAAAAGAAUGUUGUGGGCCGUUUGACCCAGGCACAGGGCAGGUAGGUACAAGGCCUCCCAGACCUACCUGAUGGCACUCUGUAGACAUAAGGCUACAGUUUUAUUUCCUCAAAACAUCAUGUGUUAUUUAAUGGUCAAACAGAAUGAGCUUCUGUUUGGAAUGAAGAAAAAAUUCUGAAGCUGGGUGGAGGUGAUAACUGCACAUCAUUGUGAAUGUACUUAAUGCCACUGAGC